AUGACUUCAGUUGAAGCAGAAGUAGCCGUUGUUUCUGUAACUUCGAGGAUUCCUGAGUUUUGGUGCGACCAACCACGCUUAUGGUACGUGCAAUGUGAAGCUAUCCUAGCACCGCAGAAGUUAAGUGAUGAGGCCCGAUACAACCUAGUUGUUACUAAAUUAGGCAAGGACGUCGUACAACAGGUCAGUGACAUUCUGUUAAAACCACCUGAUGAGAAGAAAUUUGAUACGCUGAAAGAACGUUUGUUAAAAAUCUAUGAAGAAUCGGAGAUGAGACAAUUUCAAAAAUUGCUUAGCGAGAUGGAGUUGGGGGAUCAGAAGCCCUCUCAACUCUUACGCCGUAUGAGGGAUCUGGCUCGCGAUAAAAUGCCCGAUGAGACCCUUAGAAUUAUGUGGCAAGGUCAUCUACCCGCGGCAGUUCGAGGAGUGCUAGCAGUCUGCGAAGCAAAAGACUUAGAGCACCUGUCGGCAAUUGCGGAUAAAGUCAUCGAGACGACGCAGCCCUUGCAAGUGUCUGAAAUAUCGCCAUAG